AUGCGAUUUAUGCGAUACGUGCGAUCUGUGCGAUUACGGAGGCGCACACGAUGCGAUUGUCGUGCGAUUAUUAUUAUCGUUGUUUAUGUAUUAUUCGGUUAUUAUCAGUCAUUUACUGACGUUUGCGCAGUUCUUUGGUUACCUUUUUUUAAAAUGUCAAGUUCGUCUAGUGACGAAGAAGCGAUUGAUACGUACUAUUUGUACAAAACAUUGGUUUGUGGAAAAAAGCAAGAAAAGAAUCUUCGAAGGAAAUUUUGGAAAAAUUAUAGAGUUCAGGAUGUUUUUCAAUUUCACCAACAAAUUUAA